UAAACUUCCACGUCCCUUAGUUAGCCUUUCGUCCAUGCAAAAGAAGUGGUCGUUGUGCUUUUUCCCAUUUAUCCGACCGAGAAAACGCGAGAAAAUCACCCAGAAAAUGAUAGAAAACUCUCCCUCAUCAAUGCAGUUCACGUCACUCGGAUUCAGACAUCUGCCCCUGUAACUCUAACUCUGCUAUCUUUCGUUCUUGAUCCUUGUUUAGUCUUGUCUCCGACUUGGCUUCUCCAGAACCACUCAUUCUCUCUAUAAAUUCUCUGUUUCUGUUUCUGAUUCUUACCAAGAAUCUUAUCCUCGUACAUUUCCCGUCAAACAAACACUUGUUUUCCCGAGAAAAUGGAUCCCUGGUCGUGGAUAUGCGAACUCCCGGAGUCUCCCGAGUUUGUUGAGUCUGACUCACACGCGGUGUUUCACCUCGCGGAUUCGCCGCCGAGUCAAGACGAGCCAACUCGUUCGAUUCAACUCAUAGCCGAGCGGACUUUCGAGUCGGACCCCGAAUCGCCGUCGCUCACCUUCAAAGUGAUGUUACUAGGCUUUAACCGAGUCAACUCGUCGAUAUGGAUUUCUGACACGUGUCCCUUGUCUUCGGAGAAACCGUUCCUGCCUCUUGUACUCCAGCUUCUCCGGGAACUCAUCUCCCUCUCCCCCGUCACCACGCGCGACGGCAGCGCGUGUGGCAACCCGCGGCUCCUAGAAAUCAAACCCGACCCGGUUCGCUGGGUCAUGGACUCUCACUCGCCCGAGUCGUUCUCAUGCGUCUUCAACCUUAUAUUCCUCACGCGCCUCUUUUGGCUUUGCGUUUGCGACGCGCCGACAGAAAUCGGUUCUUUCUUCUUACAUAACCUCUUCGGUCCCCACGUAGAAGCCCUCACGGGCCAACACACUCCUGUUCUUCGAACCUUUUUCGUCUCGGUGGGCGUAGAUGUCGAGCUGUGCAUCACACGCGCCGCCUCUUACGCGUUGGCCAAGUGGUUGAUCUCCAAGGAAGUUGGAAUGGGCCUGAAACAGUUGUCAAGCCCAUUGCCACGCCAGAGAAUAGGAUUCUCCUAUGCAACUGAGGCCCAUGGGCUUUGGGUCUUGAAGGGCUAUUUCCCGACCGUAUCGAUGAGUGUCACUCACUGUAGUUCCAACGAUUUCCACAAGAUUACGAAAUUUCCAAUAAUGGACCCUAAAGAGACUGUCCUAAGAUACGCUUUGUCACACCAACAAGCGGAAGCCGUCGUACAAUUCGAAUACUCGGUGAAAUUCCACGAAAGUUACAUAAGAGUGAACGCACGUGUCGACAACAUACGCGUCCACGUGGCAAAACUAGGGUUUCACAAAGGAACGGAGGUUACGGACAUGGAUUACUCGGAGGAAAGGUACUUCCCGUCACGAGUUCGGGUCUCGAUAGGUCCGGAAAUCGGAUCGGCGAACGUGACCGGCCUAAGCCUAGGUCGGUCCACGAACAACGAGGAGCGAGAAAUCGAGGUCACGAAGGUAAUAAAGGGAUCAUUCGGAAAAGUGAAAGUUCCAAGAGUGAAGGCGAGGGCGAGAAUGUCGACGAGGAGGAAGCUAAAGGAUUGGAAGAUCGAACGAGAUUGCGAAGGAAACGGCGCCGUUUUCGACGCAAUACUCUACGAUAACGAGACCGGAGGAGAAGUGACGGAGACGAGACCAUAUAAUUACUACGAGGGCGAUCAUAAUAAUAAUAAUAAUAUUAAUUACGAUAAAGGGUUUAAGAAUACGUUCACGAAGAAUGGAGGGAUGGUGUUCGGAGGGGAUGAAUUCGGAGAUGAAGUUGGGUGGAGAAUCGGUCGAGAGAUGGAAGGAAGUGUGUUGAAAUGGAGAAUCAGAGGGAAAAUUUGGCUAAGUUAUUGGCCUAACAAGUUGCAUACUCCGUUCUACGAGACGAGGUUCGUGGAAUGGUCCGACGAGGUUGAUUUGCCUUUGGUUCCAAUGUCCUAGAAUGUAUACAUGUACACGUAUAUACGUAUAGAUACGUAUCUAUAUCUAAGCCGAUGUAACGUAAUAUACGUGUUUGUAGUA